CCAAAAUUCUCAAUCCGACCUCAGACUCCCGCAUCAGCUACAGCAAACAUGAGCGUCGGCCGCCCACUCGGCCGCCUUCUGGCAUCGGCCGCUACACCAUUCCGUGCCCGCACAUUCACCUCCGCCGCGGCCGCCCAGUACCCACGGGUGCCGACCAACCCCCGCCCCUCCAACAAAUCCAACACCAGCAGCAGCAGCACCGCCGUCUCCCGCGGCUCCGCGAUGUACACCGACGCCCAGCUCGAAGAGCUCAGUAGCCACUUCAGCCACGAGCAGCUAUCAGCGCUGCUAGCAGGCGAGCAAGCGAUCGACCGCGCGGACUUCUCACGUCGGGCCCCACGGCGCGAGGGCGACCCCUUCUCGCUGCCGUACCUCGACGACCUCUCAGUGAUCGACCCGGUGCUCGACUUCCUACCGGAGAAGACGACGAAGAAGAUGCGGUCGCUCGGCGAGACCACGACGCACGGCGGCGUGACCAAGACGCUGCCGAAGAGCUCCCUCCCCCGCUCCCAGGACCCCGACAUCAAAUACGACGACGCCGACUCGGAAGGCAACCUCUUCCGCAAGCUGUCGCAGGCGACCGGCAUGCCGCUCACGGAGCUCAAGACCCUCCGCACGCGGCUGAUGCUGACGCACUCGGUGACGAACCAGACGCGCAUGGGGAAGAUCCGGAAGGUGUAUGCGUUGGCGGUCGCAGGCAACGGGAACGGGCUGCUAGGUGUAGGCGAGGGCAAGGCGGUGGAGAGCGAGGAUGCGAUCCGCCAGGCAACGUACAUGGCAAUGCGGAAUAUGGAGCCCAUCCCGCGCUAUGAAAACAGGACUAUUUACGGCGACGUGGAGGUCAAGCAGGGCGCCGUGGAAAUGAAGGUUUUUACAAGACCUCCUGGAUUCGGUGUGAGAUGCUCCGCCCAUAUCUUCGAGAUGUGCCGAUGCCUUGGAAUCCAAGACCUCUCGGCGCGUGUCACUCGCAGUAGGAACCCCAUGAACGUCGUCAAGACGUUCCUCAAGGCGCUCAAGAGCCAGCGGCUGCCCGAGACCAUUGCCCGGGGUCGGGGAAAGAAGUUUGUUGAUGUCAGAAAGGUAUAUUACAGUGGCACGUUAUAGUAGUCAGUCGUGGGGGCAAAUGGAUCUUUGUAAAAUAGGAAGAACUUGAGAGAUCUGGAUGGCGUCUUUCGGACUUUGGGGACUGGGUAAAAGUAGUAGAACCUUAUAGAACUACAUGUCCGUUGUUUGUAUGUACUGAACCGAACCGAUUACUUUUACAAAUCCAAUCCGUCCAAUCCAACCCACGACC